AUGCGCAACCUCGCGUUGUCCCUUGCCGUAGCCGCGGCGGCCAUGACAGGCCACCUCUGCGCCGCGCGCCAGGCGUCCAACUUCAACAUCACGGCGUCCGAGGCCCGCGCCCACGACUGCGGCACCGAGUGCCAGCGCAUCCUGAGUCUGACGAACCCUGCGGACCUGGACAUCGUGGGGCAUGGCUUUGACUUUGACUUUUACGAGACGGCGGCCAACUUUUCCGGCAGCAAGCCCGGCGACGUGCUCAAGCUGAAGCCCAUUAGCCCGGAGGGGGAGGAGCGCACGUUCCGGGCCGGCACGGCGGCGUUCAAGUUCCAGUACACGACGGUGGGACUAGAUGGGAAGACCGUUCCCGCGACAGGAUUCAUUGCGUUUCCCUUUUCCCGCAACAUGGGGCCCGACGGGGCCUCUACUGGUAGUCAUGGCGCCAGCAAGCACAACGGCCCGUACAAGCUCGUGGCAUGGGCCCACGGCACCAUCGGACUUUUCGCCGGGUGCGCGCCGUCGAACGGGCCUGACAUGUUCGACUACAACAGCUGGCAGGCGCUGACAACGCGUGGGUACGCCGUCGUGGCGACCGACUACGCGGGGCUGGGCAACAAUGCGACGACGCACAAGUACUGUAGCUUCGACUCGCACGCCACCGACGUGUAUUACAGCGUUGUCGCCGCGCGGAAGCUGUUUGGCGGCGCGCUGAGCCGCGAAUGGGCCAGCGUCGGGCACUCGCAGGGCGGCGGCACGGCAUGGAAGCUGGCCGAGAGCGAGUUUGUGCGCCACGACGAGGGAUACCUGGGGACGGUCGCGCUGUCGCCUGCCACGUACGUCGUCGACAUGCUUCUCGGCGGCAUGAGCAAGGGCGGCAACGGUAGUAGCGGUGGCAAGGACGACGACAUCGACCGCAACGUCAUCAAGUACCCCGGUUACUUGCCCUACUUGCCCCUGGCCGUGGAGCGCGCCAACCCGGCUUUCCACUCAACCCUGCUCUCGCCCACGAUGCAGAAGCGCGUCCAGCUUGGCAAGACGAAGCAGCUAUGCACCAACGCGCUCAUGGGACUGACGUUCGACCUGUACGCCAACAGCGGCCCGCUGGUCAACACAUCGGGUGGGCUCGCGCACGACACCCCCUACAUGCUCGACUGGCAGGCGAGGCACGCACCCGCGCUGGGCGCCCGCAGCCCGGCGCCGGUGCUCGUCGUGCAGGGGCUCAACGACACGUCGGUGCUGGCCCCCACGACGGAGCAGGCCUGGAACGCGAGCUGCGGGUAUGGCAACGCCGUGCACCUGAGCGAGUACCCGGGCGUCGAGCACAGUCCACUGCCGGCGACGGCCGAGGCCGAGUGGAUGGGCUGGAUCGACUGGCGAUUUGCAGGCGGGCGGUAUGCUGAUGGUAAAUGCUCGCGCGUGACGAGGCGAGCGCUGUUCGGUGGCAAGUGGACCAAGACGCCGCCCGAGUUUAGGCUGCCCAAGUUCCUCGGCGGCGGUAGGGGCAACAAGACGUCGUGGGCCGACGAGCUGUAA